CGCAUGCGCAGUAGAGUCCAAUGCCCACGCCAGCACUUCGUUCUCAUACGUGGUAUCGGUGGACGCGCUCGCCGCAUGCCUGCAUGGUCGUCGUCUUGCAGAACGUCUCGUAAGUCGGAUGUUCCGGAGAGGCUUUCUUCGUGACCGGUACCUUCCCGACGCAUAGUUGGCUCAUUUUCCAAGCGUAUCCCUCCAGCAGAAAGCUGAAAGCCAGGCCGGGAUACAAUUUUUGGCCGUUCGAGAACCCCUGGGUGCCCGCCGGUGGUGGGAGCCGAGCCGACGCGGGUGCUCUACAACUAGGCCACGGCUGCGGGCGCCAGCAGACGGCACUGAGAGCUAUGAAAGCGGCUAUGAAAGAGAAGUGCUGAAGGAAGCCGUGGCCACCAACCCUCCAAAAUUUAUAGCAAAAAGCAUCCUUCCUUACAUAGGAUUCUCAGUGCUGGUACAAUGGACGAAGAACUGUACAGGGACUUUGAAGGAUUGCGAAUUUUCGACGUGUACCAUGACGAAUCUCUUCGCUCAGCAACGAGGUAUAAACCUCUGGACGGAGACGUCAUCCUUGCGACGUACCCGAAGUGCGGCUCCAACUGGACACAGUUCAUCAUUUGGAACAUAUUGACACGGGGCAAGCAACCUCAUGGCGUCGGUGAACUCGGUCUGCUAUCUCCGUUCAUUGAAGUAGCUGGAGCGGAAGUUGCCGCGCACCCAGCGACGAUUGGCCCCAUAGUCACUCACCUUCCUUAUAGCGUCUUGAAGCCGGUGGACCACGCAAAGUACGUCUACGUUGCUCGGAAUCCUUACGACUGCGCCGUCUCCAUGUACCACUUCGUCAAGGGACUCACACCGGCCACAUACACGGACGUUUCCUUCGAAAAGUUUCUUUCAUUGUUCCUCACCGGAAAGGUAUUUUAUGGUGACUACUUCGACCACGUUUUACCAUGGUACGAGAACCGACACAAGUCCAACGUCUUAUUCGUCACCUAUGAACAGCUCAAGGCCGACACAAAAGGAAUGAUUCUAAAGAUUGCUCACUUCCUAGGUGACGAACACGGUGCCAGCCUGCGUAAUAAUGACACUCUCCUUCAAAGAAUAUUGGAUAACUGCAGUAUAGAUAGCAUGAGGGCUUUCUUGACGGACCCAUUACUCGACAGGCUCAAGAAAAUUGCCAAAGUAGCGUCUGAGAAACAAUAUAAGUCCUUUAAAUUAUUCGAAAAUCCGCGUCAGGUGAACGUCCAGAUGCAUGAGGGUGCUGGCUUUGUCCGGAAAGGAAUAGUGGGUGACUGGAAGAACUGCUUCACACAGGAACAGGUGGAGCGUACGAAGAAGUGGAUCGCGGCGAAGACUCGAGAAAGUGAUGUCAUGUCACUUUGGCAUGACUUGUGUCUGCCAUAAAGAGUCAGCACUG